UCUGCGAGUUGGACGAUAUUCUUCAACAUGCUUUCAUCCCCGGAAUUGACUUGUUGACGUAAUUGAGUUUCUCCGUAUCGUAUAGACUAAGGCACGUCAUGAAUUUGCUUUGAAUAACGAUGGACUAUAAUUUGUAAAAAAAUAAAUGCUGCAAGAUGACCGUAUUGUGGACAAUAUCGGACAGGUGGAAUGGAACUUGAUUUUUCCUACAUCCUCUUUACCUUUUCAACCUCCUCCCGAGUAAACAAGAUUCAAGAUGGCGAAUCUACAAGGCACUUUUGUGCUUUCCAUCAGGAGAAGAAGAAAAGUGAUAUUGGCAUCUGCUACAUAAGACAGUUAUAUGCCUCAAGAAGAGCUGGUUGUCUCGUGGAUUUGAUUGACCAAAGUCAAGUGGUACACACUCACGCGUUUAACCGAAAGAAAAGCUACUUGCUGACCAACAUGAAUGCACAACGCGAGGGGAAAAAAACAACAUUUCAUCAGUCGAAUUAUAGCACAGAAAAAAAAAGUUCUUAACGAAAACUGACCCUCAUUGGAUUGCUUUGAUGCCCGUAAGGAUUUAAUCCAUAGCACGACUCAGAGUACAUUCUAUAGCGUGAUCUGUGGGCGUUAGUCAAUCUAUUACCUAGCAGAUAUGUAAAGAUCAUAAGGUCCAAAAUGAAAUUUAACGAAUCUAGGGCAGGAUUUGUAACUUUUACAACGUCCUAUAAAAAGACUUGAAAUUUAGAAUCGACAUUCACAUUCAAUUCAAAUCACAUUCGAGAAUGAAGUACCUUUUCGUGUUUCUGAUUGCUGUAUGCAUUGCAGUCGUCUGCUCUGCACCAACGUCCAAUUUGCCCAGGAACUCUCCGGAGCCAUCCACCCUCAUCCAGCAAAAGGAUGUCGAUGGACUCUCAGCUGGGCCUUCGAAAACCCCCCUGAAACGGGCCGCAGCUGCCCAGCCAAUGGAUACUGUGUCGUUCUUUGAAGUUCACGAUCUGACCGGAGUAGACCACGAUGACAUUCCCGGUGAUAUCGGACCUUUCGAAGUUGUCAACAUCGAUGGACAUACGUCUGAUACUCUUCCCAAGAACAUCAUUCCAGUUGAAGUCAUCCCUGCCGAGAACUCGGCAGAAAUUUUUGAAGUACACAACCUGGAUGAUAUGUCCCAUGACGAUAUUCCGGAUGAUCUUUCUGUCUUCGAAGUUGUUGAUAUUUCCAAACACACCGUCGAUACUAUACCAGCUGAUGUCAUCCCUGUACACAUUACUCCGCUUGGCACAGCCGCUGGAGCAAGUGCCAUCAGCACAGACGGGUCGCCCGUUUUUGCUUCCGCAUCGGCUGGGCUAAACACUCCGGAAGGCCGUGCUGGCAUGUCCCGCGUUAAAGUUGUCCCAGCCUCUCCUGUCAGUCCUAUCGUGUAUUCGGUUGAUAACGCUGGCACUAAGUAUGAUGCCCCAACAGUUACUGGGCCUUAUGCUCCUAAAGUGAAAUGUCGCCAAGCUGAUCUGUUUCCCUUCAAAGGACCUAGUGAAGGUUUAUUUAAAUAUUUCUCGGAUUUAGUACGAGAAGAAUUAUCAGAUUGUACGGUAGGAGGAGUAGUGGUACGUCGUCGCUGAAAUAAUAAGCCAUUAAUUUAUUCGCUAAUUAAUCAAAGCUUUUUCCUGACAGUGGUCCUCCCUAAAUUAUCGUGAAAUUUCUGACUACUUGCUUGUGACUUUGGCAUACUUUAAUCUAUAUGAAACGAAGGAGAAACCGAAGAACACCAAUAUACAAAAUAUAAAAAUA